AUGGAUAAUGUAGAUUUAAAAAUUUUAAUUGAUGAUUUAGUAUUUAAUCAAAAUUUUCUUACUUAUUAUGAAUUAAAAGCACAUCUCCAAAAAUAUGAUGAAAAUAUAACAGGUGAUGAUAUGGAUUAUUAUUAUUCAUAUUAUAAAAAUGAAAUUUUGAAAUAUCAUGAUAAAAUAAUUUCUAAAAUUAAAGACAAAAUUAAAAAUAAUGAAUAUACAAAGGGAAAAACUAAAUCACAACUUAAACAAUUGAAAGAUUUCAAAAAUAAAGUAUUAACAGAAGAAGAUAUUGAUGAAUUAUAUAAAUUAUAU